UAUUCAUGCUAACUAAAUAGAGUUAUUUUUUUCAGCAAUAUCUUUUUUGAGAAUAUUAAGUAAUAGCAAAAAUGUCUCGAAAAAAAUAUAAAGCAUGCAAGUAGAAAGAAAAAUAUUCGAGGUUGAUACUAUUAUUUGUCGGCGACAACAUUGUGGUAAAGUUCAAUAUUUGGUAACUUGGAAAGGUUUUGGAUACUCUUCAGCUACUUGGGAGCCUGUUGAAAAUCUGGUUUCUUGUGCAGAUUUAAUUGCUCAAUUUCAGCGUCAGACAAGUCCCAUUCCUGGAGCAAAUCCUUUUAUUUUGGAACACUCUGGAAAGACUAAAAAAGUUCAUGUUAAAAUGCUUUUAACGCGCAAAGGAGGCCACAAGCGGACUAAAUCAAUGGCUGCAUAUAAUGAACAUGUUGAUACUACAUGCCAAACCGAAACUUUAAAUGGUUCAGAACCAUUGACAUUUAAAAAGAAACAUAAUAUAACUGAAAGUGAAAAGUUAAUACGAGACACUCUAAUACAUGAAUCUAAAACUAUGGAACGCAAAAAGACAAAUUAUAAUAAAAUUAAUGAUAUAAUAAAUAACUUUGAUAUGAACUUAUCACCAAAUGGUUUAAUACAAAAGCGUAGUUUAAAUAGAAACAGUCAAUCACAUAGUAUAUAUGACAAAAAUUUAGUUCUGAGUUCAGUGCAAAAUGGUUAUCUUCAAAUUACACUUAAUAAUGUGGAUAGAAAUAACUUAAUAACACCAAAUAUGCUGGCUAUUAUUUGUGAAUGUUUGCACAGGGCUUGUAAAAAUCCUGAUGUCAAAGCUGUUCUUAUAUGUAGCAAUGGUGAUUAUUUUUGUUCUGGAAUUGAUUAUUCAGAACUUGUGAACUCUUCUGAUGAUAAAGAAUACAAAUCUAAUGCAUCCAAGCUUGUGGUUGCUAUAAAAAGUCUCCUGGCUGAGUUGCUACUGUUUCCAAAACCAAUUGUUUGCGCAGUUAAUGGCCCAGCUUUGGAGCUUGGAGUUGCAAUAGUUGCAGCUUCAGAUUUUGCUUAUGGUACUUCUAAGACAUGUUUUGAUUUAUUAUAUUGCAAGCUUGGACUUUCACCAGUUGGUUAUCUUUCCAAGUUACUUCCCAAGAUUGUUGGAAACUCAAUGGCAUUAUCAAUGCUAUAUAUGGGUAAAAGAUACAAUGCUGUAACUGCUUAUGAUCGUGGUUUGAUAUCAGAUAUUUUUGGAUUAAACUCAUUUCAAGAAGAUAUAAGCAAGUGUAUGGCAAACUUAACAGUUGUUUCUAUGCAGGCGCUUAUUUCAACAAAAAAGCUGCUCAAUCAUUUCGACAUAUCUCGGAUCGAAGAAAUCUGUGGUGAAGAAUUAAACUGUUAUCAUGCUCUUAUUUUAACGAAAGAAUGUAAAUCGAAAAUAAAAGAAGAGUGGCCAAGUCUUGUAAGUUUACCAAAAGAAGAUAUAUAAAUUCAAGCAAGUUGGUUGCGUCGACAUGCCCUAAAUCUUUCUUUCAUAUUUCAUGUUUUUCCCUCCUGUAAUGUAAUGUGAUUUCCGGAACUCUUGGUGUAAUAAAAAAAUAAGAUUUGAGGA